UAGUCAUCUUCAUCUUCUUCGACAGAAGAGGCGGCGGCUCGAGCUUGAAAUCGAGCAAGCCACAGAUAAGACUAACUGUCAAGAUUCAUCUUCCGGUGAACAAUCUUACGAAAUCCAAGAACAUGGUCUACACCUGAACGUUUCUGAUGGUGACAAUCUCAACUCCCCCUCACAGCUUGCGUAUCUAGGACCUGGCAGCUCCUCCCACCUGCUGAAUCACUUGCUCAAGAAGAGUAUCUGUUAUCGGCCACAGAAUGGCACUCCUAUUCCAGAAGGACUACUGUCCACCAGGACAUCCAAAGUGGAUGAGCUCACUCGUAGCAGGCAUGUCUUAGCCUUUCCUACAACAGGGGAUCUACGCAAAGUUGAGCUCCAUUCCCUUGUCACCCCCUCGACUCAGAAGGCGAUGAUCGAACAUUACAUGAAAGUAGUGUCCCAGGAGUAUAAAUUGUUGCAUCUUCAUGGCGAGUCUGCGAUGCUUACUCAUGAGAAUCCUCUUAGAUGGUCAACCUCAAACAAAGACAGUCCAGCCGCUCUUGAAAUAAGUCUGGUGUUUGCCAUCUCCUCGGCGCUAAUAACAAGGGACCUGGAUCAAACGAUGUCAAAUUUCUCCUCUCGAUGCAUCGAGGAUUUACAAAGGUUCAUUACAAAACCUGAAAAUCACCAUGGCUCACUGGACACGAUUACAUCCUCAUGUACAGCUCUGUGUGGACUGGCGCUUUGUGAUAUGAUCCGUCCAUCGUCCGGACAACUCUGGGAUUUACUAGGGAGGGCCUGGACCAUGUUUGAAGACCUCCGCGACCAAUAUCAGUCAAGAGGUAUUGCGAUCGACCAGGAAUUCCAGAACCUGGAGUAUACGCUGCUGAAAAUGGAAAGUAUGACUGCCAUUCACUUCCGUCGCUACUCUGCAUUCUGCGCCAUGUACGCUCGCAGCGCAUAUGGCACUUUCCUCGCACCCAAUCCAUCCCUCGAAGCCCUCAGUGUCCUCAUCUCUCUGCACAACGAGGUGCAUCGGAUGGAUCAUUCCUUCCAGCAACCAGACGAGGUCCUGGAAAGCCUCAUCCCCGGCCCGCUACAAGUUACAGCAUUUCCUUCUACUAUAAGCAUUGACUCAGCGAGGUUAUACAUCGCCUUGCACCCUUUGUUUACAGCGUCAGACGCAUUCUACCAACCAAAUUCGGGUGCGUUCCCAUCCAGGCUUUUCCAUAUCGUGGGGAACUCUGCAUGCACCAUUAUCAACCACUACGCCUUACUUAACGAAGAGACCAAAAUUAUUUGUGUUUGGAUGGCAGCUGAGCAGGUUCUUGAGGCGGGUCUCGUCUGGGCAGUUUACAUCAUGAGUCAACGGCAAUCUACAUCCACUGCAUUCGGAGGAAGCCAACCUGUGCUACAACUGAGCCCCAGUGUCAUCAUGGACCCGAUCAUCAAAGUCUCCACCCUUCUCGCUUCAUUUACGGCACGCUGGAGAAAUGGUUCUACAUAUGCUCGAUCGUGGGAGAUCUUUGUGCAAAUGUUUUGGGGGAUGACUUUCUGAACAAUCUAGCUUCACCGCGACUUGAUGAUCCACCAGUCCAACAUCGAAGUCUUUACCUCUAUGACUUGGUUAUCGUCACUUCAAACCCCUCGUCUAGCUUAUUCAGCUCAAAUGCCGUUCCUCGUCCUCGAGACAACGACAGCAAGCGCGACAAGAGCAAUGCGGCUGACUGUGGCGUCGCCCCAUUUGGUUCACCAUCUUCGGCAAUGUCAAAUGGAAUGAGCGUACACCUCGUCAACUUACUCCCGUCAAAAUUCAACUUGGCUAGCGCGCCAAUGUUGGAUAUUGUCACCUGCAAGCUGGUCCAGUUGUAUGGAGGGUACUUUCGCAGCUCAUCUCCGGGUGUGACGAUAUUGUUACUGAAGAUGAAAUUGCCUAAACUGUAAAACAC